AUGACUUCGGUGCAGUCUGUCAACGUUGGCCUGGGCUUGGCCGACUACUCAAAUGAAGCCACAACACCUACCACUCCUCGGGCCCCCGUAGUGCCCACGUCGCACGCUGCCGCAUCUCCACCGAAUGAUAAUGCUGGCGGACUGGGCUCGAGUACACCUACAAACUUGACUUUCGCCGGAAUUAAUGGCCAGCGACCCCUGCCCACUUCUCCUUUCUCGGGCUCUUUCUCUCCACCAGAUCGCCAGUCCGUCGAUACUGCAGUGGAGACUUCAAACAAACGGGAUUCGCAACUGUCCAUCCAAUCGAACGAAUCCCAAGAUGUUGAAAUGGCGGACUCGGACGGAGAGGGUGGUGAGAUCUCAGAUGGCGAAGGGAUGGGGCCUGACGCAGCACGAGGAUCCAAAAAGAAGAAGGGACAAAGGUUCUUCUGCACAGAUUUCCCGCCCUGCAAACUUAGCUUCACUCGAAGUGAACAUCUUGCGAGACAUAUAAGAAAACAUACCGGAGAGCGGCCAUUUCAAUGUCAUUGUUCGCGUCGAUUUUCCCGCCUGGACAAUCUUCGCCAACAUGCGCAGACUGUACACGUCAAUGAAGAGAUUCCAAUGGGCUCACUAGCUGCAACAGGCACUCGUUUCCAGAGGCAGAUCCGCACAGACCGAGUACCGAGACCGCCUGGCAGUCGACCGCGCGCGAAUACCGGUGGUAGUAGUGGUAGUAUUCCUCGCGGCCACAGUCGUAAUUUGUCCGCAUCUAGUGUUGGCUCAACGGCCUCCACCAUCAGUAGGGAUGAUGGAAGGAGAAGACCCGCACCCCUCAUCAUGGCAAAUGAUCCUUCGAAAUCAAGACUCACUCUGGAUGUGCUGAGAGAUCAAACUUCAACCCCUCCGGGACAGGGAUCGUUCUUUCGAGACGAGUCUGAAGGGUUGAGCACGCCUACCUCGACAACCUUCUCCACCGGAGGAAACAGUCCUGGAUACGGCUCCUCGAUUGGGUCUCCUGCAUCAAAUGUCAGGAAUAGCGGGUAUUGGGACGGUCGGGGUCAUAAUCGCCGGCUGUCAGUCCCGGUUGGGCCAAUGCCUUUUCAAUCACCCCAGAGCACCUCGUACGGCUCUCCCUAUUUGAGCCCCCUGGCCUCAUCGCAAGCAUCGAACUUUUCGAACCUUAGUAGCUCGUUCGGAAGUCCAACAAACGUAGCCCACACUAUCCAGUCUCGUGAGGCAGCUGAGAUGGAGAUACGACGACGGACAUGGCAUCCAACUCCUCACACAUAUACCAACUAUUCCCGUCCAACGGCUCCGAAUUUUUCGCGUCCUGCAACGAGCGGUCUGAGUUAUCAUCAAACACCCGAUGCGCCUCAUCCUUCAUAUUCCCACAACGCGACCGCUGCGGCAAGCCAAUCGCAGCGACUACCCGGGAUCGAAACAUUCGACCAGGGUCCUCUGAGAUCAGCAGCAUCUCCAUCUCGAGGUCCAACCCAUACUCAAGCGGAUCCACCGAAUCAGCCACCUUUGUAUGCCGGGUCCUCUCCCCAGCCGCAUCCUGGGCCGAGUGAUAGGAGAGGCCAUGCAUCAUGGGAUUUGUCUUUACAUCAGAAUUUGACAAAGCUGGAUCUGAAAAGUGGAGGUACGCCUCAAGAGUCCCAGCCGUGGACCCCACAAACCCAGCAAUACGAAGCAAGACUUUCUGUUGAUGGUGCAGCCCCGAGUCUUCGCCCAGCUCCGAUCAUCCACCAAGACACCAUGAAACGUCCUGCUGAAGAACUUGAUCACCCGUCGCCCAACCCAAACAGAGCAAAGCGACAAGGAUGGUAUGCUGGGCCUCCAAUACUUUCUACUACGUCGCACCCACGAGCCUCUCCUGGUGAAUCGACAAGUUCUGAAGGGAUUCCGAAAACGCCUUCUGGUCCCCCACUUGAGCAUCACCCAUCAAUAGUACAUAGCAAUGGAUUUGUUGAAACAAACCCCCCGCGAUCUAUUGGCGUCGCUGAAUCGCACGUAAGAGGUGACUCCUGA